AUGGGGCAGGGGAAGGGAAAUGACAAAUAUAAGAAAGCAGCCGCUACAGAAGAUGGGGACAAGAAAGGCAAAAAAAAGACAGAAGACCUGAAGAAAGAACUGGAUCUUAACGAUCACCAAUUGACCCUGGAAGAGCUUCAACAGAAGUAUACAACCAAUCUUAGCAGGGGUUUGACCAGUUACCGCGCCAAGGAGAUCCUCGAACGGGACGGACCCAACGCCCUGACUCCCCCUCCCACCACCCCAGAAUGGAUUAAGUUCUGCAAGCAGCUCUUCGGCGGCUUCUGCACGCUGCUGUGGAUCGGAUCUUUCCUUUGCUUCCUGGCGUACACGGUACAGAUGACGACGGAAAGCGAACCCACCAACGAUAACCUGUACCUGGGUAUCGUCCUUGCUGCCGUGGUCUUGAUCACCGGAGGCUUUUCGUACUACCAAGAAGCCAAGAGCUCGAAGAUCAUGGACUCCUUCAAGAACCUCGUCCCACAACAAGCGCUGGUCAUCCGCGACGGCGAGAAGAAGGACAUCAAAGCUGAGGAGGUGGUCGUCGGGGACUUGGUGGAGAUCAAAGGCGGCGACCGGAUCCCGGCCGAUCUGCGAAUCAUCUCGGCCCACGGGUGCAAGGUGGACAACUCUUCCCUUACUGGAGAAUCGGAACCCCAGCCCAGGAUUCCCGAAUUCACCCAUGAAAAUCCACUAGAGACGAAAAACAUUGUCUUCUUCUCCACGAAUUGCGUCGAAGGUUCUGCAACUGGAAUCGUGAUCAAUACCGGAGAUAACACGGUGAUGGGCCGAAUUGCCACCCUUGCCUCAAGCCUGGAGACGGGGAUGACCCCGAUUGCCAUCGAGAUCGAGCACUUCAUCCACAUCAUAACCGCCGUGGCCAUCUUCCUUGGCGUCUCCUUUUGCACCCUGUCUCUCAUCCUGGGGUACGGCUGGCUGGAGGCUGUGAUCUUCCUCAUCGGAAUCAUCGUCGCCAACGUUCCCGAGGGUCUCCUCGCUACUGUCACAGUAUGCCUGACUCUGACUGCCAAGCGUAUGGCCAAGAAGAACUGCCUGGUGAAGAAUCUGGAAGCCGUCGAGACGCUCGGGUCGACCUCCACCAUCUGCUCGGACAAGACCGGGACCCUGACCCAGAACCGGAUGACCGUGGCUCACAUGUGGUUUGACAACCAGAUCCACGAAGCCGAUACCUCGGAGGACCAGAGCGGAACCUCUUUCGACAAGAGCUCCCCUACUUGGGCCAGCCUUGCUCGUGUGGCCGGCGUUUGCAACCGCGCCGUCUUCCUCGCAGAACAGGGCCACGUUCCCAUCCUAAAGAGAAACACCGCGGGAGACGCCUCGGAGUCGGCUUUGCUCAAGUGUAUCGAACUCUGCUGCGGUUCGGUAAAGGACAUGAGGGACAAAUACCCCAAAGUGGCAGAAAUCCCCUUCAACUCCACCAACAAAUACCAGCUCUCGGUCCACAGAAACCCGAACUCUUCGGAAAGCAAGCACUUGCUCUUGAUGAAGGGGGCACCCGAGAGGAUUCUGGAUAGAUGCUCGACCAUCUUGAUUCAAGGAAAGGAGCAAGCCUUGGACGAGGAAAUGAAGGACGCCUUCCAGAACGCCUACAUGAAACUGGGCGGGCUUGGAGAAAGAGUUUUAGGUUUCUGCCAUUUCAGUCUCCCUGAUGACCACUUCCCAGAAGGAUUUGCAUUUGACACCGAGAAUGUCAACUUCCCCACCGAGAACCUGUGCUUCGUCGGCCUCAUGUCCAUGAUCGAUCCUCCCCGCGCCGCCGUGCCAGACGCCGUCGCGAAGUGCAGGAGCGCCGGAAUCAAGGUCAUCAUGGUCACCGGAGAUCACCCGAUCACGGCCAAAGCCAUCGCUAAAGGUGUGGGCAUCAUCUCUGAGGGCACUGAGACUGUGGAAGACAUCGCCGCUCGCCUGAACAUCCCGGUGGAACAGGUGAACCCCAGAGAGGCCAAGGCUUGCGUCGUUCACGGCGGAGAGUUGAAGGACAUGAGCCAGGAGCAGCUGGACGAAAUCCUGAAAAAUCACACGGAGAUUGUGUUCGCCAGAACUUCACCCCAGCAAAAGCUCAUCAUCGUGGAAGGUUUUCAGCGACAGGGAGCCAUCGUGGCCGUGACGGGCGACGGUGUGAACGACUCUCCCGCCCUGAAGAAAGCCGACAUCGGGGUAGCCAUGGGUAUCGCCGGGUCCGAUGUCUCCAAGCAGGCCGCCGACAUGAUCCUCCUGGACGACAACUUCGCAUCUAUCGUGACCGGAGUGGAAGAAGGUCGCCUGAUCUUCGACAACUUGAAGAAAUCCAUCGCGUACACGCUGACCAGCAAAAUCCCAGAGAUGUCGCCCUUCCUUCUCUUCGUGAUCGCCGGCAUCCCCCUCGCUCUGGGCACCGUGACUAUCCUGUGCAUCGAUCUUGGAACUGACAUGGUUCCUGCUAUUUCUCUGGCUUACGAGGCUGCCGAAAGCGACAUCAUGAAGAGGCAACCGAGAAACGCCCAAACGGAUAAACUAGUCAAUGAAAGACUCAUCAGCAUGGCGUACGGUCAGAUCGGAAUGAUGCAAGCCGCGGCGGGUUUCUUUUCCUACUUCGUGGUCCUGGCAGAGAACGGAUUCAUGCCGUUAUCUCUGUUAGGGCUCCGCAUCCCUUGGGACGACAAGAAUAUCAAUGACCUGGUGGACAACUACGGCCAGCAAUGGACCUACGAAUCCAGGAAAAUUCUGGAAUACACCUGCCACACUGCGUUCUUUGUCAGCAUCGUGAUCGUGCAGGUGUCCGACUUGAUCAUCUGCAAGACCAGGGUCAACUCGAUCGUCCAUCAGGGCAUGAAGAAGAACAAAGUCCUCAUCUUUGGCAUUUUUGAGGAGACCGCGCUGGCAGCCUUCUUAUCCUACUGUCCAGGAAUGGAUGUUGCACUAAGAAUGUACCCACUUAAAUCAUGGUGGUGGUUAUGUGCCAUCCCGUAUUCCCUUCUCAUCUUUUUCUACGAUGAGGCGAGAAGAUACCUUCUUAGGCGGAAUCCAGGAGGCUGGGUGGAAAAGGAGACCUACUAUUAAAGGAACCCUGUAUUCAAGCUCAGGUUCCAUACCAUUACCCAGACUUACCAACUCUGUCCAUAAACAUCUGUA